GCUUCUCCAGUGGCCACCAUACCAGAAGAAAUGACUACAGCUUCCUCCACUACAUUGACAACUUUGCCCACUUUGACUACAACGCCGACUCCAGCAGUUGAACAGUUCACAGUGAAUUUCACCAUCACCAACCUCAGAUACAGGGAAGAGAUGGGAACUCCCAAUUCGAAGGUGUUUAAUGCCACAGAAAUAGCUGUCACCACUCUGAUGGACCAAAUACUCAAAAGCGGCAGCAUCGGCUCCAUUUAUUUGAGAUGCAAAGUGACAUCACUCAGACCAGUGAAAGAUCGGGAAGAAACUGGGAUGGACUCCAUCUGCACUUACCAAAAUGACUCCAUCACUCCCGUUUUUGACCGAGUGAAAGUGUACCACGAAAUUGUGAAUAGGACCCAAGGUUUCACCAGGAUGGGCCCAUACAAGCUGGAGAGAUACAGUCUCUAUGUGAAUGGUUAUCAUGAAGUUCCUCUGGAAGCGACCGUUUCGCCAACGCCACCCUUGGCGGUUGAGCAAUUCACAGUGAAUUUCACCGUCACCAACCUCCAGUACAAGCCAGAGAUGGCAAUUCCCAAUUCGAAGGUCUUCAAUGCUACAGAAGCUGCACUCAUCACUCUGUUGGGCAGGUACCUCAACAGGAGCAGCAUCGGUCCAGCGUUUUUGGGAUGUGAGGUGACAACUCUGAGACGGCUUAAAAAUGGAGACCAAACUGGAAUGGACUCUGUCUGCUCUUACCGGAACGAUUCCACCGUGGCUGCCUUCAACCGAGUAAAAGUGUACCAUGAAAUCGUCAACCAGACCAAAAGCUUCACCCAGAUGGGUCCCUACAAAUUGGAAAGAUACAGCCUCUAUGUCAAUGAUUAUUAUGAAGUCCCUGUAGCUGCAACUGUUUUGCCAACUCUGCCCCAAACACGACCCUUGGAAGUUGAUCAGUUCACUGUGAAUUUCACCAUCACCAACCUCAAAUACAAGCAAGAGAUGGGAACCCCCAAUUCGAAGGCCUUCAGUGCUACGGAAAUGGUGGUCACCACUCUGCUUGGCCGAAUCCUCCCUCAUACUAGCAUUGGUCCGGCGUAUUUGGGAUGCAGAGUGACAAAUAUGACUUCUGUGAGAAGCGGGGAUGAAACUGGGAUAGACUCUGUCUGCACCUACCGGGACGACUCCACUGCCCCGGCCUUUGACCGCGUGAAAGUGUACCAUGAAAUAGUGAACAGGACCAAGGGGUUCACCAAGAUGGGACCCUACAACUUGGAAAGAUACAGCCUCUACGUUAACGCCACCCAAACUCCGACAACUGAACAUUUCACUGUGAAUUUCACCGUCACCAACCUCCGGUACAAGCCGGAAAUGGGAAUUCCCAAUUCAAAGGCCUUCAAUGCCACCGAAAUGACCCUCACCACUUUGCUUGGCCGAAUGUUCAACAGGAGCAGUGUUGGUCCUGGUUAUAUGGGAUGUCAAGUGACACGUCUAAGACCAAUCAAAAAUGGGGAUGAGACAGGGAUGGACUCUGUCUGCGUUUACCGAAACAAUGCAGCCAUGUCCAUCUUUGACCGAGUGAAAGUGUACCACGAACUACGGAACAAGACCAAUGGGUUCACCAAGAUGGGACCCUACAAACUGGACCCAAACAGCCUCUAUGUAAAUGAUUAUAAUGAAGCCCCUGUGCAAACAACUGUAUUACCUAAGACAACCCCAAUGGUGGAACAUUUCACCAUGAAUUUCACCAUCACCAACCUCCGGUACAAGCCGGAGAUGGGAAUUCCCAAUUCAAAGACCUUUGGUGCAACCGAGAUGGCACUCACCACUCUGCUUGGCCGGAUGCUGAGCAAGAGCAGCGUUAUUGGCCCAAGAUAUCUGGGGUGCCGAUUGACAACCCUGAGACCUAUCAAACAUGGGGAUGAAACUGGGAUGGACUCCAUUUGCACUUGCAGAAAGGACUCCACCUCACCCAUCUUUGACCGAGUGAAAGUCUACCACGAAAUUGUCAACAAGACCAACGGGUUCACCAAGAUGGGACCCUACAAACUGGACCCAGACAGCCUCUACGUCAACGAUUAUAACGAACCUCCUAUGCAAACAACCGUCGCAACGCCAACGAAGGAACAUUUCACAGUGAAUUUCACCGUCACCAACCUCCGGUACAAGCCAGAGAUGGGAGUUCCCAAUUCAAAGGCCUUCAAUGCCACCGAAAUGACCCUCACCACUCUGCUUGGCCGAAUGUUCAACAGGAGCACUUUGGGUCCAGCAUUUGGGGGAUGUGAGGUGACCGCUCUAAGACCUAAGAAGCAUGGGGAUGAAACGGGAAUGGACUCCAUCUGCACUUACCAGACGGGCACCACUAUCCCUAUCUUCGAUCGAGUCAAAGUCUACCAAGAAAUGGUCAACAAGACUAGCGGUUUCACCAAAAUGGGUCCCUACAAACUGGACCCAAACAGCCUCUAUGUCAACGGUUACAACAAACCAUCAAGCCUCUCAGCUCUAAGCCCUAUGACUACUGCCACCAAAAUGCCCACUUUGGGGUAUUUCACUGUGAACUACACCUUGUCCAGCUUGCCUUAUACCAUGGAUAUGGGGAUAGCCGGUUCUCGGAAGUUCAACGCCACAGAGAGAGUGGUCAAGUAUUUGGUGGAAUCCUUUCUCAACAAGACAAGCGUUGGCCCAGCACUUCCUUCUUGCAAAGUUCAGAGUUUUCGGUCUCCAGAAACCGGGGCAGCUGUGAUGGUGGACCAGCUUUGCAGCUAUCGGAAAGAUCAGCUCCCGGUUCCUUUUGACCGUGUGAGGGUUUACGAUGAGCUGCGCAACCUCACAAAAGACGGCACCAAGUUUGGACACAUUGCCAUGAAGAAGGACAGCCUUUGUGUGAAUGGAUACCCACCUUCUAGCUUGGUUCCAGAAGGGUUUGGGUACGAACUCGGUUUCACGAUAGUCAACGAGAACUUGACCAACACAGAUCCAUCGUCUCCAGAAUACAGACAACUGGAGGACAGCAUCAAAGAUCAGAUACGGUUCUAUUGUGGUUGACUGCAAGUGCUAUUUUGAUCCUGAAAUGAACAUCAGCAAGGACACAGUGAAAGAGACGUUUCAGCGAGAGACGAAGAACGCCACCUCCCAGUGGCUGGGCCGUCGCUUCCAGCUCAAAGGCGUGACAGUGAGAGCAAUUGAUCCAGUGAUUGAAGCCAUCACAGAGACCCCCCUCUUGGAGCUAAAGGUGAAGGACUUCACCGUCAACUUCACCAUCACCAACCUGCCAUACCGGGUGGAG